AUGACAACUUUGUCAGAACCGUCAUACGCCAUGUUUCCUCCCACACACGAUGCCGAGGACUUUGCCCGAUAUACAGAUUCCAAUGUCAUCUUCACAUCUGGUCCCAUCGAUGUGAGCAUCCCCGCCGAUGCAUUCGGCUUCCAACAGCAGAACGCCAGCCAGGAUAUGUUUGCUUCAUCAAUGGGCUUUGUCGAGCCCGCCAUGUACGCCGAGGCCCCCGGUUACAUGCUCAACAACUGCGGAUCACCAAGCAUGUACACAGAUGAGUCUUCGGAUAUGAGACUUCCCUCAUCAAGUCUUUCAACUGCCUCGGCUCCAUCCACUGCUUCUUCGGCCAUUGGAUCUCCCCAAUCCCACCACGGCCAAAUGGGUGCAAUGCCCGAGUGGGCUCCCCAAAACAUGGGCCUCCAGCCUACUAUUGUGGGCAACGACUACAUCGGAUCCGACUUUGCGUCUUUUCACGGGUCGGGAAUGGAGGAGCUCAGCUUCGACUUUCCCACGGCCAAAGCCUAUGUCGACCCUUCUCUUAUUCACCCAGAGCUUACUCGCCCACCUAUGGGAAUUCCUUCCUAUGAUGCUCACUACCAGCAACCCAAUCACACAUAUCCCGCAUCACCUUCUGCAUCUUCAUCCUCGCCUCAACCCCAUAUGAUGAGAACCAAUAGUUCUUCGCCAUUCCUCCAACCUAGCAGCUUUCAGUCCCAAUUCCCUAGCAGCCCUUACGGCGUGCCAAUGGACAACCACAACCACAUCCGCGCCCCAAGCAUCAGCCAAUUUGUGCCGCCUACACCGGGCGAGUACAGCAGUGACGAGUCCAAGGAGAAGCAAAGAUGCUCUUAUCCCGAUUGUGGAAAGACCUUCAAGGACCUCAAGGCUCACAUGCUCACACAUCAGAAUGAACGCCCCGAGAAGUGCCCCAUUCAGACCUGCGAGUACCACACCAAGGGUUUUGCUCGCAAGUAUGACAAGAACCGCCACACUCUCACCCAUUACAAGGGCACAAUGGUCUGCGGCUUUUGCCCAGGCUCCGGAUCGGCUGCGGAAAAGUCCUUUAACCGCGCCGAUGUCUUCAAGCGCCACUUGACUGCAGUUCAUGGUGUUGAGCAGACUCCACCCAACAGCAGAAAGAAGUCUUCUGCAGGAGCUAACGCGAACAAGAAGCUGUCGGGCUACGCCCCUGACGCUACUGGCAAGUGUAGCACUUGCUCACAGACCUUCUCCAAUGCCCAGGACUUCUACGAGCAUCUUGACGACUGUGUGUUGCGCAUUGUUCAACAAGAGGAUCCUGCCGAGGCUAUCAACGCUAAGCGUCUGGCCGAGGUUGAGAACGAUAAGGAUGUUCACCAGACUUUGGAGAAGAACAACCUCCCUACUACCACCGAUACUACCAUGACCAACCAUGAUGACGACGAUGCCGAGAGUGUCGACGAUGACGAUGAUGUUUCUCCCAAGAGCAACGCUUCUCCCCUCCUGAAGAAGAAGGGCAACCCUGCCAACGGUGUCCAGAAGUCUCGAGGUGUCACUCACUCCCGCGGUGGUGUCACGUUGGGAACCAAGACCCGCAGCCGCAAGAACCGUCGUGAUUACCCCUCGUCGUGGGGCUUCGACAAGGGCCAGAUGACCAUGAAGAAGCGUGUCAUGGCUGUUUUUGACGGUCCCCGACGUCUUGCCAAGGACGAUAUGAUGCUCUCUACUGACCACGAGGUCCGCAUCAAGCUGUCCGAUGGCAAGUCUUAUGUCACCGACCUCGAUGUCCAGACUCUCAAGCGAGCUGCUGGCUUCCACGGUGCCACAGAUGAGGAGAAGGGCCCUUGGAUUUCAGACGACCCUACCCCCGAGCAGCUCAAGGAGAUGCAGCAAAUGCUCGCAAACAACACCAGCACUGCCCUAUAA